UAUUAUGACGCCCUGACGCCCACUGAGCCGACUCCCCAGGAUACAUGUACGUCUUUACAAUGUAGAGACUCGAUAUGACUUGUGAUGCCCCCCGUCUUUGUCUUCUCUUUCAGUGAAGGACGCCAUCAUGUGCGAAAGACGAGCCAGACUGGCGAGUCUCGACAAUCUCUGUCCUCGGAAUGCAAAGCCAUUGUCAGGAGUCGACAAUGAUGCUCCACGCCUAUGAUUUCUUUCAGCCUUUCAGCCCUACGACUCGCCUUGUCCCAGUAUCCAUCUAUAGAUCCUCUUUCUCUUGCCCACCCCACAAUGAUAUCCGCUGCUCUCUCUCCUACAUCGUGUCCUUGUUUGUCCAAGUGCUUUGUCCAUGCCUCCCUGCGACUUGUACAUAUACAGCCCUCGUCCGACGACAGUGGAAAUCAUUUCAUUCUCUCUUCCGACACAUACCAACAAUUUAUCAACAACACCAACGAGUUUGAACUGCUUUUACUCUGCUUAUAACAGACUUCAA